AUGGGGCUCUUCACUAUUCCCGAGCUAAACACCCGCCUGGGUACUUACCGAGCGUAUCAUCUGGCAGCUAUUGUUUUCAUUUCAUCCUUCCUGUCCGCCUAUGAUUCUGGUGUUGCGGGAGGUAUAUUGAGCUAUAAGUCCUUUCAAACCGACUUGGGCUAUAAAACAGCAUCACAAUCUAGGGUAUCAUCACUCACCGUUGGAUUGUCUCAACUGGGAUCGUUCAUAGCCGCUGCAGUAGUCUACCCAUUGACCAACAAAUAUGGCCGUAAGCUCACUAUUCUCGGCGCCACGGCGCUAUUUAUCAUCGGCGUGAUUAUUCAAGUCAUCAACACACAUUCAAUUGCCGCCUGGUAUGUAGGCCGCAUCGUCUCUGGCCUGGGAAUAGGUGGACAAAGUGUUGUUAUCCCAAUGUAUUCGGCAGAGAUGACACCCAAGGAAAUUCGGGGUCGAUGUGGUUCUUUUUACCAGUGGCUUUACGCCUGGGGUGUUUUCACUGCCUAUUGGAUUGAUUAUGGCGUUGCCAAAAGCACCUCAAUCUCAGGCACCUCAAGCGAGUGGCAGAUUCCCGUUGGCCUACAGCUUAUCUCUGGAGGCAUCUUAUUCAUAGGUUCUUUCACACUUCCUGAGUCUGUUCGCUGGCUCUUGACACAAAAUCGUACCGAAGAGGCCUGGAAGUCACUCACUUGGAUUCGCGGCGGCGAAGACCCCAAAACACACGAGGAAUUCGUCGAGACCCAGCUAGGGCUUCAGGCUGAGCGUGCAGAACGCGAGGGAUUUUUAUACCGCGAAUUGCUGGAGCCAGCUAACAGGCUCCGUUUUGUUGUCGGUCCUUUACUCUUCAUAUUUCAGAAUGCCACAGGCAGUAGCGCACUUGCGGUGUUCGCGCCACAGUAUUUCAAGCUUAUUGCUGGCAGUGGAACAAACAGAAAUAUGCUGCUGACGGGUUUAUUCGGUGCUGUAAAGGUCAUUGCCUGCACAUUCUUCAUUUGGGUACUCGCUGAGCGGAUCAGUCGCCGCAUGACGCUCACAGGUGGUGCUGCUCUUAUGGCAAUUUGCAUGUUGAUUACGGCUCUCAUUGUCGUUUAUGUUCCAACACAAUCUGCGACAAACGUGACAUCCGCUGGACGAGCAACGGUUGCUAUGAUUUAUCUCGAUAUUAUGAUCUAUAACUGCUCUUGGGGUCCUCUGCCUUGGGCCUAUGUGCCGGAGAUCUUCCCAACACGGAUUCGAGCCCUUGGUUUGGCAGUUAGCAUGCUAGCUCACUGGGCUUCAUCUUUCUGCUUCUCCUUUGCUAGCCCCUAUAUGAUUGCGAACGUUGGUGCCAACACUUUUCUUAUCUUCAUGGGCUUUGAUAUUGUAGCUGCUGGCUUCUGUUGGCUGUUCGUCAAAGAGACCCGUGGAAAGAAUCUGGAAGUUGCUGCUGGCACCGAGUGGGAAAUUGCGGAGCGAACUUCCUCUGAUGACGGCGAGAAGAGCGGCGUGUUGAAUGCGGAUGGUAGGAAAGUCCAGAUUGUUCACGUGCAUGAGAACUUUCAUGCCAAUCUCAGACAGCGUUCAGAGCAUUGA